AUGUCGUCAGGUCACUCAGUAGAACCAUUUGGAACUACUGAUGCGCCAGUUUCUGUUACUCCUGAUACUCCGAUUUCUGAAUCUCCAGUUGUUGUAACACUAUCACCGAUUGUUCGUAAUCUUGUGACUCAUUUGGUUGAAGGAAUUGAACAAGAACAAGAAAGUGUAUUACGUGCUUCAAGAUAUACUAUUACUGAAAUUCUAGCUUCACCAACAUCAAUAUCUACCACAACGAUUCCAAUUCAACAAUCAUUCCCUGAUCCUGAUUCUCCUGAUUAUUCUUCAAGUUCAUCAUCUUCGUCAGACUCUGAUAUUAGUGAUACUUAUCUGAAUGACUAUACUGCUAGUCGGCUUCAUGAAAAUGAAGGAAAUCAAGAUCAAGAGAUAUCUGAGCAAGAAAGAUUUGAAAAUAUGGAAGAAGUUGAAGAAGAGGUUGAAAAGCAUGAUCAAAGUCAAAGUGUAGAUAUUCUUUCAUCAUCUCAAGCUCAUCAAGUUCAUAAUUCUGAUUUAGAUGAUUUGCCUCCGCUUGUUAAAUACAUCUCUCAUUAUCACUCAACAACAUCAAGUUCUGAUCAAUCAAGUGAUCCUGAUCCGUUUCAACCAGAGAAUGGGGCUAAUAAUGAUAGUGAUUCUGAUUCGGAUGAUUCUGAUGAUGCUACACCAAGACCAGCUAUAAAGGAGAACAAGAAGAAUCAAUCUCACGAGACCAAAUCAGAGAGCAGGAGGAUAUGA